AACCACAUUGUUUAUGGUUUUUUUUUUUUUUUUUAAACAUGUUUGAAUCUCUAAAAAGGCAUUCUUUUGAGAUUUCUAACGUGAUAGGGUGUGUGAUCAAUUUUGAUUUCCCUAUUGGGAUUGGGGACCAUGUCCACCGAAUUGGAAGAAUUGGGAGAGUUGAUGCAACUGGUGUGGCUUAUACGUUUCUCUCCAAGCAAGAUUGCGAACGUGUCCCUGAUUUAAUCAAAGUUCUGGAGGGAAGCUUCGCGAGACGGCAUUGCAUGGCGGGCCUGGCUUUGGUAGGGACCGGGGUGGUAUGGGUCGCUUCAAUGCUCCUAAUGAAUGGUAGUGACGGGCAUUGGAAUUUUGGAGGUCGUGGGGGAAUGAGGGAUGAUUUUGGUGGCCGAGAUGGCAUGAGGGAUGGUGGUUUUGGCAUCCCUGGGGGUAGAGGCGACUCAUUUUCUGGAUGGGGAAAUAAGGAACGGCGAUUGGCUACAGAAGAGAUGCUGUUGAUAGGGGUAGGGAUCGAAGUUAUAUAUAGCCGUAGUUUUGAAAAGGUACACGGCAUUAUAGUAGAAGUCGCAGCCGCAGUCAAAGUAAGAGAAGGAAUUGGAGCUGUGGCCAUAGUCUUAGCAGGAGCUAGUCUCGUGGUCGUAGUCACAACUAAAUUCGACUUCAGCCAGCCACAACCAUAGCGCUAACUGCAACCACAGUCGAAGUCGUGGCCACAGUCGCAGCUAUGACAGAUACAUGAGAGGCCAUCCAAACAGAACUUCGACCAAAAGGAUGAUAAAAAUCCUAAAGUCGAUAUUUCUCGUGAAUCAGGAUGUCUCCAAUGUCCCCUGGCGCACAAGGCAAUGCAUUUUCUAGAAUUGACCAUGUAGAUCAAUUUCAGGUGGUGGGAAGUUCUGAGUCCGUGCCUAAAGAGGUGGGUGUAGACC